ACACGGACUUUUUAAUGGCGCGGACGAGAUGUUUGUUUUCUUUACCAUUUCAUUUGUCUUGGUGGCUUACGCUGUCUUUAUAAAGUUUGUGUAUUAUAGACACAGCCAGUUAUGGCCACACGCAUUGAAUAAAAUAUCCACCCCUUUAUACACCGUCGGAAACUCGAGGUUUUGCCCAGCGCAAGAGAGGUCCGGCGCGCUCUUUCCAAAUUCAGAGGAUGAGAAUCCGCGCGAGACUCGAGCUCUGAUUGUCACUGCACAUCCAGAUGAUGAAUGCAUGUUCUUUGCACCUACAGUCUUAAGGCUAGUUGAAUCACGUGCAGCCGUGUAUUUGUUAUGUUUGUCAACAGGCAAUUACAACAAUCAAGGACUGCAACGCAAAAAGGAACUGAUGGACAGCUGUGCAGUUCUGGGAAUCCCAGCCAACCAUGUCUCCAUCAUAGAUGACAAAGAGCUUCCAGAUGAUCCAGCUGUUCAGUGGAGUACUGCACUAAUCUCUUCCCUGAUCCUCAAACACAUCCAAAACUACGCCAUCAGUCUGGUUUUGACGUUUGAUGGCAGAGGUGUGAGUGGACAUGCCAACCAUAUUGCCAUCUACAAGACCCUCAGUCAUCUAGCUACUGCUGGACGUAUACAUGAAGGUUGCCAGAUCUUCUCACUUCACUCCAUAAGCAUCAUCAGGAAGUACCUGUCCAUCUUAGAGCUGCCAGUCAGCUGGCUCCUCCCCUCUGACUUCUGCUGUAUCAUUGGUCGAGAGGACUAUAAACGUGCCAAGAAAGCCAUGCUCUGUCAUCGCUCUCAGCUGCUGUGGUUUCGCCGGCUCUACAUACUCUUCUCACGCUACAUGUUUGUAAACACAUUCCAGGCCAUUACAACGGAAACCAAGAAUGUGAAGAUUUAUUAGCUUUGACUAUCUUAAAUACUGUUCCUGUACAUGCAGGAGUAUGCACUGACAUUUACUUUACAAAUCUGAUUCUAUCUAUAUACACUGUUAUUCUGUACUGUGUAAUGGCAGCAUGAAAAAUAAUGUUCGGCCUACUGAUGUUAUUUAAAAUUGUUGGCACAUAGAACCUCACACAUUUUAUCAAAUAUUCUGAAAGCCAGUUUUCUAGAGUGGCUUAGUCUUUCUGAGCACUUUAACUGAAGUUAAAUUCAAAACACAAACUGUGCCUUUAAGGAAUGCAGGGCGAUAAGAACUGAAUUUUAUUUUGUAUAUUUUGUUGUUUACAUUUGAUUUGUUGUUUACAUAUUACUGUUGUUGUUCAACUUAAUGUAGAGUUAAAGCACUGUUCCAAACCUUAAGUACUGUGCCAAAUCUCCUUUUUAGAAUGGUCUUUCUGAAUGAGUCUGUAAAUCUAUAAGUUUGUUCUCUAUUGUUUUUUUUUGACUGAGACAUGAGUCCAUCAAACUGUUAGAUGAUUGCAGUUAUUUCUUAAAGGUUAGUUUUAUUGGUUGUCCUUUUACAUACAUACCACUCUGUAUUGAAAGAUAAUACAUAAAUGGGGCUGAUAUCUUUCCUCAUCUUAAUAAAGUUCUCCCACAUGAA